AUGCUGAAAACUAAAACUCUUCUCUAUGGACACCAGGACUUUGUUCGAUCUCUCGCUGUAUGUCCCAACAAACACACGACAAUAUCGGGAUCCAAUGAUCACACCAUUCGAACUUGGGAUCAUGUGAGAGGAUUUUGUGAUCGAGUGUUGAUGGGUCACGACUCGACCAUUAAUUCUCUAAGUGUGAUGAAUAAUAAUAAUUUAAUAAUUUCUGGAGGUGCAGAUCAUACAGUCAGAAUUUGGGAUACUCGUAAUCCGAUCGGAAGUGAAUGUGUUCAUAUGGUGAGCCACGUCAGUGAUGUCCAUGAUGUUACUUGUUGGAAUGAUUUGAAUACCACGAGUGAUGAAAAUUACAAAUUUGGAAAUGAGUUUGUGAUCUACAGCGUUGGACAAGACAUGAAAUUAAAUAUUUGGGAUUUAAGAAAGAUGUCAAGCUCGAGCAGCACACAACACUCGAAUGUCAAUAGUUUUGGAUUUUCAAAUGACCAUUUUCACUAUUCAAAUAGUGUCAUGAGUGGACAACAGCAUUCUUUUGGGAAUACCAACAAUUAUUAUGGAAUUGGUUCAUCCUUUGGUGUCAUGACCAAUGAUACUAGCAAACAAUCCAAAGUGAGCUCAAUAUCCACAAAUUUUGGAACUCCUUUUUGUUGUCAAGUUGGAAUAUUGAACCAUGAACAAGUGAUCUUUGUUGGUGCAAAGAAUGGAAUACUACAAGCUCUCUCUUUAAAUGAAGAAAAUAAUUCCUAUCAAGUUUUGAAAAGUUAUGAAGGUCAUUGUGGAGAUGUGAGCUGUUUGAGCUUUAAUGUUGAGAAUUCAACCUUAAUCAGUGGAGAUAGUGGUAAUAUGGUUCAUGUAUUCAAUAUCUAUCAAGAAACUCCAUUACAAACAUUGAAAGAUCAUUCUGAUAGCAUUACUUGUUGUCAAAUUCUUGGAAAUUCCAUAUUCACUGGUUCCAAAGACGGUACUAUUCGCGAAUAUGAAUUCUGUUCGAAUAAUGAUGAUGAUUCUUCUUCUCAACAACUGCAAUGCUCUCCUAAACGAUGCCUCGAACGGUUGUCCAUGCAAGUUUUUUCAAUUGCAGUCGGAAGAAAUCGAUUAUUAUUUUGUGGGAGUGAUGAAGAACCAGUACGAUGUUGGGAUGUUUCUUCUUCUUGA